GUUUGACAGUAGUCGUCCGGCAGCACCGAGUGAGCGCACACGUCGCUCUCUCCACUACAUCGCACCACUGCGGUAGGAGCGCGGAGGCAGCAGCAGAGGAGUGCCCGGCAGGCACAGUUCACUUGUUCCUGCAGGACAAAAUCCAGGUGGCGAGUCUCUCACUCUGUCUCUCUGUGUCUCCCUCUCUGCCGACUUUAUCACAGCGCAAGACUUUACCUGAGAGGACAUAGUCAUAUAGCAACAGCUCUCAGGGUAACCCUCACAGUCCAGCCGGAGCAAAGGAAGGAGAAGUUUGGGCUAUUGCCACGCGAUUUUACCCACAGCUCCGUAACCUUGGAAGUCGGACCUGAUUAUUGUGAGAGGAUGGGACCGCUACUCCUUUCCGUCGCCCUGUGCUUGAGCGCCGCUGUCCCACAGCGUGUGAAAGCAGCAGAUGGUGAGGAACCAACUUCAGCAGGUCCUUGCCACCCAAACCCUUGCCACAACAGAGGAACGUGUGAGAUCAGUGAGACCUACAGGGGUGAUACCUUCAUUGGUUAUGUGUGCAAGUGUCUACCAGGUUUCAGUGGAGUUCACUGCCAACACAAUAUUAACGAAUGCGAAAGGGACCCGUGUAAGAAUGGGGGCAUUUGCACAGAUCUGGUUGCCAACUAUUCCUGUGAAUGUCCAGGAGAAUACAUGGGGAGGAACUGUCAAUACAAAUGCUCUGGCCCACUGGGCAUGGAGGGCGGUAUAAUCUCCAACCAACAGAUAACGGCCUCUUCUACCCACCGUGCUCUCUUUGGCCUACAGAAGUGGUACCCGUACUUUGCAAGGCUCAACAAGAAGGGGCUGGUCAAUGCCUGGACUGCAGCCGAAAAUGACAGAUGGCCAUGGAUCCAGAUAAACCUGCAGAGGAGAAUGAGGGUCACAGGCCUAAUUACCCAGGGUGCAAAGCGUAUCGGCAGCCCAGAGUACGUCAAGUCUUACAAAGUAGCCUACAGUGAUGACGGGAAGACCUGGAGAACAUACAAAGUCAAGGGCAAAGAUGAGGAUAUGAUUUUCAGAGGAAAUGUCGAUAACAACGCUCCAUCAGCCAACUCCUUCACCCCUCCCAUUGAAGCCCAGUACGUGCGCAUUUACCCCCAAGUCUGCAGGAGGCACUGUACUUUACGCAUGGAGCUGCUCGGUUGUGAGCUAACAGGCUGUUCUGAACCACUGGGUAUGAAGUCAGGCCAUAUCCAGGACUAUCAGGUCACAGCCUCCAGCAUCUUCAGGACGCUCAACAUGGACAUGUUCACUUGGGAGCCUGGGAAAGCCCGUUUAGACAAGCAGGGCAAGGUCAACGCUUGGACAGCUGGUCAUAGCGACCAGUCGCAGUGGCUACAGGUGGACUUGCUUGUGCCAACCAAGGUGACAGGUAUCAUCACCCAGGGAGCGAAAGACUUCGGCCAUGUCCAGUUUGUUGGCUCAUAUAAAGUCGCUUUCAGUAAUGAUGGAGAGCAGUGGAAUGUAUAUCAAGAUGAGAAGCAGGGCAAGGACAAGGUAUUCCAAGGGAACUUUGACAACGACACACACAGAAAGAACGUGAUAGACCCGCCUAUCUACGCUCGGUUCAUUCGGAUCCUUCCCUGGUCGUGGUACGGCAGGAUCACUUUGCGUGUAGAAAUACUCGGAUGCACAGAGGAAGAGUAAACCCUUUCCUUCAUCUGUCUGCCCAUCGCCCCUUGUCCCUUGGCAUACUGGAGUGUCUCACAAAGUACUUCAGAAAUAAACUGUGCAACCUGUAAAAAGAAAUUGAUUUCCAAUGGAUUUUUCAAGAGUAUGCGUUGGUUGUGAUGGGUUGCUGUUUGUUCUUUUGUACAAUGAUUUAAAACCUGCCCCUGCCCCUGUUUGUCCUUUUGUUUUUCCUAUUUAAAGCGUGAUCUUUGUCUUUUUAUUCCUCUCAAGAUUUGCCAUCCUGUUUGGAAUGAACUUCUAUAAUAUAUAUAUGGGAGGGGUGGGUUUGGGGGUGGUGUCAGAAAGGGAGUCUCCCUGUGGUUUUAACUUGUUGCCAUAGAAGCUAUUGUACAGUGUCACUUUUUAACAAAUGUGUGAAAUCUGUCUGUUGUGCUUCAUUGGACAUGAUUAACCAGCGUCAUGCCAUGACUAAACUGUCUAAAUGAUCAUGUAGAUGACAUGUUAUCUCAUCAUCAAAUGUGUUUUUACUUUGAAUACAGCACCUCCUCAAGCCAUGCCUUUUCCCUAAUGGACACUGGCAUUACAGCAUCAAUCAAAACACUGCUAAAGCUCUUGUAUUAUAUGUAAAAGACUAAGAAAUUGCAUGGUGCGUGAACUAUAAAUAUAUAUUAUGAGAAAUCAUUUAAAACCUCCAGCCCUGAAAGCAAAUGGAUUUGAUUUAGAGACCUAUUUUUAUGUGCAUUUUUAAAUAGUUCUGAAACAUUACAACACACUGCAAAAGCUUAAUAAAGAUGACUGAUACGUGAGACAAAAAGCAAGCGCUGCAGUUUAAAGUGGUUCUGCAGCACUGACACUGAGGCUUAUAAGGUUGUAUGUAGUUGAAAUGUUAGCUCACAUUUUUUUAACAUUCGAUUAUUGCUAGAUGUAAGAUUAUUUGCUAUUAUUGUUUGUUUGCCAUUUUGCAUUUAUUUUAUUUUGUUUGCUUUUUCAAUCUCAGCUGUUAGAUUCACAACAUGUUUUUAAUGUCCUCGUGUUGUCUUGGAGAUCUAAGUCAAAUCAAUUAAAAAAGCUCAGGAUAGAUGUGAUCCAUAUUAACCCACAGCGCAUAUUUUUGGCCUCCUAGUUGAAGAUUUCUGUGUUAUUAUUUAAAGAAAAUACCACGUGAGUGAAAGUAAUUAUUGAAAUCAUCCAUAUAUGCAUAACUCAAACGCUGAAAGCAGUUUCUUAAUAUCCUUAAUUUCUUUGACUUGAUAAGUGAAAACCUUUAAUUAAUUUCCUCAUUUUCAAAAGACAGGAAAAUUGCUCGUAUUACUAUCGUCAUCUCAGACCUACAAUGACCAGAGUGACAGAACAGAGCUGUAAAUUAAUUAUGGAAAUGGAAUAAUAAGCUUUUAUUAAAAUACUGGAUUAAAGUAUAGGAAUAAAAUAUUAAAAUGCUUAUAUGUGUUUCCACUGUUGCUCUCUGCAUUUUCAAAUGGUUGCAGGUUGCUAAACAUAUUUAAAGACUUGCAGUUUUUACUGUAUGGCUUCUCUUGUUGGCUACAUCUGCAGUAAAUGAACAGCAAUGUUUAGCCAGUUAAAUAAAUGGAAGCAAACAAACCCUGAGGUAUUGCAGUAGUGUCAGAGCUUGUGGGCCUGUAUCGGACCUGGAUUGCUCAAGGGUUUUCCACUCUUGGCUAGUUUUUCCAAAGCUCUCUAGUGCAACAAUAAAAUCCAAAAGGAGCCACUUCCGCUUUUAUACUUCAUGUUUCACUUCAGCCUUGUCAGCUUUCAGGCCCAUAACAAACCCUUCAUUUUAUAUUUUCAGAAUCUAGUUCUGAAAAAGAAAGUGAGAAAUUUACAGGAAUUCUGUACUGAAAUAACUGCAUCAGCCUUUAACAGAUAUUUUGAUGGCAUGAAUGAAUAAAAAUAAAAAUCCUUUAACAUUAUUUUUUAACUUAAUUCUGCAAUGUGAAAUGAUGAAAAGUACAGAAAGACAUCAUGAAUGCUUCGAGACAAAAGGUAAAAAGUCUGAAAUUAAAAAAACAAAACCUAACAAUGAAGUUACCUAACAACCAAGCAUAGGCAGUAGUGUAGGUUUGGUAAAUGGCAGUGUGAUAUGAUAUAGUAUGCUAUAAUGGACCGGAUGUGUGUUAAGAUGUUAUUUAAGUGUUACGUAUUUGUGUAAGUAACAUCGAAAGUCUGCUGUAGAUUACCUAUGUGUUUCUUUUUCUUUGUCUUUGGAGUGAACUGGUGACUCCAUUGACACUUCAUAGGUUCAUGAUCACAGGACACACAUAAGUAUACGAGUAUCUCUUGUAUAUUUUACAUAUUCGCUGUGAUUCUUUAUCGACAAGUAUCAAGUAUUUCCAAGAUCUGCUCCAGUUUGUCUUUGUAGUUAAUUUGUCGUGAGCAUUUAUGACAAAGCAGGUGUGCUGCAAAGCUUUGUGGAAUUUUGCAUGAUGAUUUGAAGCGUACAGUACAACAAGGAUGUCCACAGGCACAUUGUGUUCUUGCAUAUCAUAAAGAUCUAAUAGCCUUUACUUUGUAUUCACCAUCAGUUGUCUUGUGCAUUGUAAAACUGAAGCAUCUCACGGGUCCAAACGGGGAAAAAAAUAGAAACUCAUCAUGUCUUUGUAUUUCAGUGUCAACUGUUCACAUAUUAUUUCUUACUUCCUCAAUCUCACUGUCACCCACUAUCUAGAAAAUGUACCCAUCAUAAUAAUAGUUAGGUUCAAGCCUGCAGAGGAGAAUCUAAAACUCUGUACAGUGGAAAAAAAAAGACAUUGCUUCAAAACAAAAAGUUCUUUCAGUUUGACAAAUAAAAACAUAUCUGUGAAAAUGAUACGUUUGCUUUGUGUUUUUUGAAAUCUUUGAUGCCAUUGAUAUUACUUUAGUAGGAAACAUAAUAGCUUCAAAAAAAGAGUUUCCCACCUUUCUAAAGGCUGGGAACGCAGCAUCCACACAGUGGAGCACACAAGUAUUUCAGAGAGAGAAAGUUAUCUUUGCUUUUUAUGUUUUCUUUUUCAUUUUAGCAUCAUAAGUCUUUUGCUGUUUCACUGUUGUUACAAAAUUAGUUCAAUUUCAAACUUCUUUCAAUAGCCACAGCGCAACAGCCUUUUUUCCCAGGAUGUGUACUAUUUCACAAAGACACACACAUACAAUGAGUUAUACAGUGAGUACCCCUUAUGUCAAGGAUAAGACUAAAUGCCUAUGUGGAAAAUAAAGAUUUGUUAGUGUAAUUGUCAGCUGUGAACGGACUGGUUUAUGAUUUGUGACAAACAAUUAAGUCUCAAGGUUCAGCAAACUGCAUACAUACAAUUCCAUUAAAUAAAAACCCAAUCACUAACUGAGUGUACAAUAUAUAUCCAGGCUUUUUGAUGCCAUUUUAGCUAAAAACAAUGAAAUAUUAUUAUUAUAUUAUAUCAUUAGUUAUAAUUUAAUGUUUUUGGAAAUGCUUUUUUGGUCACUAUGUAGCCAGUAUUCCUGUAUUAGUAUUAAUAGCAACCUCUUGCAUAGUCUGCAAAUAUGGAAACAAUUCAAAUGCUUACCAGCACAAACAUUACGAAUUCUUAGGAUAUUUAAACAAGGCAUAUUCCAGGCAACUACUUUUCCAUUUCACUGAAAUCCAAGAAAAAAAGUUAGACCAGUCGAUUUGUCAGAAAACUCUAAGAAAACACUGACAUUGAGCAAAAGAUGGGCAAAGUUAAAUACUGGCCAAAUAAAUAUUGUGUAUUUUAAGAGCUGUAUGAUAUUAUUACUUGCUUUCCUCGUUAGGCUUUUAAUGUUUUAAAUGUUGAUCAAAUAUACAUGUUGCAAUUGCAUGUUGCAAUUGCCAGCCAGGGCAGCAAAAAUGUUGACUAUUCACACGUCCCCAGUUCAAACAUUUUGAUAGCUGUUUCCAGUAUAUAAUUAUAUAUUUAGACUUGAUACCAACUACUAAUAAAUAACUAAUCUGGGUAACUCUACAUGGAUACCAAUUAACUGGUAGUAUCUAAUAUUAUGGUACAAAACAAUUAUUAGUAACAAAAAAAAUAAAUUGCAGUAACAAGUUACAAUGGGUAUGACAUGAAGCUGCUGAGCUAGCUGUUUCCAUCCUCAGGGUUCAGUUUACAGUACAAUCAUUGCACCUAUUCGUCCAAUUUUUGGCAUUACUGCCUUUGCUGUUUUCGUUGUACCAGCAGCUACAGUUUUGGAGGAAUGUUUCAGAGUUGACACCAGCUGACAGUAGCAGUACAAACUUUGAUCACUCCCACUCAGCAUGCAGCAGCAACAAAUGCAGCACCACAAUCACAGAGCUACCCGAGCGGCAUAAGACCAGCACAUCCAUGAGUAACAUGGUAAUCAUUAGUGAAGACCUUGUGCUGCUAUAUGGCCAUAAAAAUCAUCGACAGACAUCAGUAUUAAAAGCAUCAUCCUUUUUCUUUGCCAAGGUUGAUGACUUUGACUGGAUUUUUCAUACCUUAUAGAAUUUUACAGUUUAAAAAUACUUGUUGUAAUUUGUGAUGCCUCCAUUUAAACCAAAGAAUAAUUAUGUUUCUGCUCCCAUUUCUUGUCCUCUGUUGCCUUGCUGUUUCCUGAAAGAAACAUGUGCAUUGGACCUACUCAUGCUAUUUGUUAUAUUACGACUAAGCAGCAAGUUGCACCUGUGACGUUAGUAGAAUAGUGGCACCCUCAUCAGUUCUGCUCGUUUCCAACCCCCCACUAAUUUGCACUGCUCUUUGCAGACUGCAUUGUUCAUUGCUGAUAUGAGCUGACUGCCUUGGUGUUCCUAAAUUCGUGCAUUGUCCGUAGAUCUCACACAGAAUUUCUUUGGUGUUUUUUUUUUUUCGAUUACAACCUCGCAGUAAUUUACCAUGCAUGCCAGAUCUGACCCUAUGUUUCAUUGAUUUACUGUGACAUGCGAUGGCCAUUCUGUGCCUCCCUGAGGUUAGUGCCACAAUUGUGGCAGCUUAUCAAAAUGAGAGUUACAGGGCUAACACAGUGCAGGCAAAAGUCCACUAAUGCUUCUGCUAUGGAAGUGUCAGUCCAGUUUAAUGUAAUUGGCUUGUAAACCUAGGUGACUGAAGCUAUAGGGCAAUGAAAAAAGUGAUACGAAAAGGGGAAAAAAUCAGUUUAGUCGAGUUAGCCAUGCCUUUUAAUACCCUUAAAGAUUUUACAUUUAAAUUAGGAAGGGUCACGUUAAGGAAGAUUGUGCAUGCAACAUUCCAUCUAAUCUACCUUAGAUGUAAUGUGAAUACAUAUUAUGGUGAUCAUUUAUUGCAUAAAAAGUUUAAGAAGUCAAACAUUUUGUUUGACAUAUGGAAUUUCCCAUGUUGGGUCUGUCAGUAAAUGCAACGUGAGGUGAGCACUGUGACUCUGGACCACAAGAAGUUGUUGUUCCACUUGCAAUAAAGAAAUGUUCUGCAAGAGCCCUGGAUCGAUCCUGGUUUUAGAUGUUGGAAGACAUUUACAUUAUGAAUCAAAGUUGCUGUUCACUUGACUGGCAACGCAAUUUCCCUGUGCAGUCGUGUUUUUAUCCAUCUGUUGGUUUAAUUUUCACAUCAUGUGUUUUUAAUUUCUUGUUCUCUUACUUCCCACCUUAGUAAUCAAAGCAAUUCUUGUUUUUCUCUCCAUUUUAUGUCAAACAGCUGUUGUUUUUAAAGGCUCUGUAAUAAAGCAGAAAAUUGUUUGCCAUUUUAGUUUCAGCAUUUGUGUUCGUGUUUGGACUCGUCUUUGUUGUCUUGACCUUUUAUUCUAUUUGCAGUUUCACGUCUCUUAUCUUCUCCCAAGCAAGGAGCCUUAAUCUAUUACUGUGAUCAAAAAGCAAGUCAUAUUUACUCUGGUGGCCCCAUGAUUGAAUUUAGCUUUACAAACUGAAAUAGCUUAACAGAUUAAAGGAUCACGAAACCUUAUAAACCUGAGGUAGAAGGAGGCAUCCUAAUUAACAAAAGGCCUUGUGUAAAAAAUAAUUAAAUUUCACUAAGUUAAACAUAUAUAAACAGGUAAUCCUAUAGUAUGUUUUAAAAGUACCUACAGGUAAAACAUUAUCCAGUGCAGUGCAUAACAGAAAGCACAUGUAGAUACUGUAUGUGAUAACACUAAAUAGAGAUCAGAGGAAUAAAUUGUUAAUAAAACAGUAUUUCUCCACUUCAAGUACUUUACGAACACCGAACUCUGGAGAGGAAAUUGAGUUAAAUAUCUUACUCCACCAUCACAGGACUCAAUAUCAAAUAUGUACAAGCUCUUGUCACGAUUCAUUUCAAGCACUUUAUUCAAGCAUGGUGUUGCAUAGCCUUAGAAAUAUCAAGAGUCCUAUAUAACGAUUCAACAUGUCUAUUUUUAAAAAGCCAUGCUGAAAGAAUGAGGAAUAAAAUGUUUAGCGUGAGUGGAGUGUAAUGUGUAGUCGCUCUUACUGCCUGUCUAUAAAAUUUGCAAAAAGCUAUUUGUAGGAAAGUCGAGAUUAGGACUUGUUCCAAUCAGGAGUGUGUCCACCCCUCUGUUGCAGAAUGCUACAUUAUAAUGUGAGCAAAAAUGACAGGUUUUGGAUCACAUUAAAUACUCUGCUGCUGUUCUCGUGUAAAACAGACUAACAGAGCUGCAACAGUAAAAUGUUUAACAAGAACUACUUCAGACAGCAUAGAAAAACCUCAGAAAUACAAAAAGAUUUUUAUUUUUUAGGGAUAAAAAUGUUUCAAUCUUCAAUUAUUUUAAUUAAGCCAGAUAGCAAACAAAUGAUUCUGAUUCUUUUGACAGAAUUAUCUUAACUUCUACUUUUACUUACUCCCGUACUGCAUCUACUUUCUCCUUUGACAGCAUCACACAUCAAGGUACCGUGCAAAAGUCUUGAGCUGUCCCGCAUUUCUUUAUAUUUUACUUACAAGAAUCAGUUCUCACGAGCAAUACUUCUCUCAAGCAGUCAGUAUUUUGUCUACACAUAAUAGACAAUGUAGCAAAUAACCGAUUUAAAAAGUACCUUUAGGCCCUUUGUUCCCAUUUCUUUAGUUGAAUCUAUAAAAAAAGACAUAAAAUAAUAUUUUUGCAUCAACAAGGUGAUUCCUGAAGAGGUAUUAGCCAUAAAAUGGCAUAUCUUGACAUGGUGUGCAGUAUGUUUUUAAAAACUUUGAGGAAACUGAAAAAGAGCAGGACAAAGGGUGUGAGAGAAGUGUGAGGUCAAAAAAAUCUGCAGGAAAUGGACAAUAUCUGAAGGCCAUGUGCUUAAAGAAAUUACUAGAAAGCUUAAUAAGAAAGCCUGUUGACUUUAUAAGCUUGUUAGAAUUACACGCUCUCUGCAUUUAUCUUGUAUGCUAAAUUUAAUUUAUCUUUGCACACAUUUUAAUAAAUAGUUACAUAUAUUUCUCACUUUUCAGCAAAAUAAGAAUAAAAUAGAGUUGGCCAGUAAAGUACAUUUCCCCAACCCUAAACAAUUACAUCAUUAAAUGUUCUGAUUUAAUUAUGUAUAAGCUUUUUUUUUUUUCAGCAAAAUAUUCUGAUGUGGGUUCAAGUAUGAACCUUGUUAAUGUUAUUCGAUCUUUGUUUUCAUGGUUCGAAUAACACGUGAAGUUAUGGAGCAGACAUGGUUAAAACAAACAGUGACUAUCUGUUAGAAACAAGAAAUAAGCAGUGAUAAGUAAUUCAGUGAUCUUACAUAUUUUUCUUACCUCACUUGUGAAAGCUUUUGUGAUUAAUCUCAUCAUCCCUUAUCCAGAGCAUUUUGUAUCUAGAGCACUACAGUACAUAGAGUGUUUGAGCUAUAUAUAGUGUCACUUAUCAUAUGGAAUAAAUUUAUCUGCAUGCCGUGUUGUUUGUCGCAAUGAAUAUUGAGGGCAUAUGAGUUUCAAGUGCACUGUGAUAUCUCUCUUGUUAUCUUGUUUGUGCAGUCUUUGGGGAGUUUUUGGCAGAACUGGGCCACACUUGUGUGGACUGUUCACUUCUCUAAUGACACUGAAGCAAAUGUUAUUUUUGGUUCAGUUUUAAAAACCUGUAGUGCAUUCAAGAGGGACAGAAAUUGUGACUAAUAAGCUCCUAAAAGCAUUAAACUAUCUUUUCCCCCCUGUUUUUGAGGUCAUCUUGAAUGCCUCCUUACACAGCGAGUGUAGCGAGUCGCAUUGAGGUUAAUAAAACAGCUCCUGUUUCUGUGAGAAGUCACAUGACUGAAAACAGUGAAAGUAGGCAACACAUAGGCAGAUUAGAGGUUCUCGGACAGGACCAGUGUUCCAAAGCACCAGAGUUUAUUACUUUGUAUGUAUAACCUUCUCACAAAGGUAGAGCGAAUCCCUGGGAAUUUUUACAACUGCUGGCAUGGGUUGUUAUUAGAUUUGGUUACUUUAACAAGUCAGGCGCAAUGAAUUUACAUUUCAAAACAGUAUGUCUGUGAGUACACACUGAAAAUGAGUCAAAUGAAUAUUGACUUCAUAUUGCUCCUCCAAUUUCUGGUUUUAAGCUGGUUCAAAGCUACAAUAGGUGGAUUGGUUUUAUUAUGUUGUAAAUAAGGUGACAGAUUGCAGGGCCAAUACUAAAAAAUAUAGGAUUUUAACUGUGUCUUAGUGAUAAAAGAACUUUAUUAUAAUGCCUAUUAUAUGCCCCAUUGUUAUUCACAGUGUUUUGGGAACAGGUGUAUUAAUGUGGAAUGUUAUGACAUAAGAUAACAUUAUACCAUAUAUAUUUAUCACCUAUAACCCCACCCCCCACCCCACUGCCACAGUGUCAUCAUAAACUUUCUUUGGUUACUCCCUAGUGGUUAAAAAAUAUUCUCUCUCUAGAGUCAAGUUUAAAGUUUUAAAUGAAACUUAAUUACAUGCAAAGUUGGGCCUGAUGACAGAUCAGAGAAUAGAAGCACUGUCUACUUGCUGACAUACACAGACUUUCCAGCAGUCUGGGAUGAUAUUAGUCCAACAGUGCAUUUUGUUUUACUUACACAGCUUUGCCUUUAUUUAAAAUUAAGAUGGAAAUGCCUAAAGGGUAUUCAUUGCAUUCUGAAGCAGUAAAGGAUCUAAAGGACUAGAAAGUGAAAGAAAAGAAUACAAAUAGAAUAGUUACUGUUAAAAAUAGAUUAGGACUGUUUUCUUCUUCACUAUCCACAUUUUCUUCUAGAAUGAGAUAAAGAUGAAGGAGAAACUGUAUUACUCUGGCUUUACAUCAGUAGAAAUAGCCUGGAAUAAUCUAAAUCCUCUUCCUAAGGUGAUUUUUUGUUGUUGUUGUUGUCUGUUCUUUAAGAUUAUGGCAUUCUUGUAGUGUCUUGUCUUAUAUCGCUAGCUAGUCAGAUAUUCUGAUCUUAGAAGCUUAAGAAAAAUCAAAGCUUGAAUGGGAGAUGAGGAAGAAUAGCACUGGGUGAGUAAGUGAUAAUGUGACCAGUUGAAGGAGGUGACAAAAACUUUGCAGCAGUCUAUGAAAGAUACAUGAGCCAAGCUCCCAUGAGCCUCCAGUCCACGUUAAGAGGAACGUGUGAGUCCAGUGCCUUUGAGAGUCACCUUUCUCAAAACUUGCACAAAGCUAUAUAUACAAAACUUAAAACUUGAGCAGAGAUGUGCUCUUACUGUAGGCAGUGUUUAAAGUUCGGAGAGUAAACUGAGUAAACUGGACCUGAAUAGACCUGAACUAUCAGUUCUCUCUACUUAUAUAAGACUUGUUACAGUCACAAAUGCUUAUUUUAAGCAUUGUCCUAACCAAAAUAUCUAUUCUGAUGUGGCUCUACUUUUUUUUAAAUUUUAAUUUGUUUUUAGCUCACUGCUGUAUUUUCAAAUACGGAAGUAAUUCAAGCAUAGUGUUUAUGCUCAUAUUUCCUCCACAUAAAGGUUGUACACUCCACCUCUAGUCAUUUAGUCUCUCUCCUCAUAGCGCCAGCUAUCCCUACGCAGCUAUCCAAAACUUCAGCUCCUUCCACAGAAUUUGUAUAUGAUUGAUAUCUGGAGAUUGGCUACGCCACUCCAUAAUGUGCAUCUUCUUUAGCUGCUCUUUUGUUGCUUUGGCAGUAUGUUUUGGGUCUGUCUUGCUGUACGACCCAUCCAUGACACACUUUCAGUGUUCUGGCCGAAGGAACAAGGCCCCUGUCCAAGUUUUUAUGGUAUGUGGCUGCGCCCUUUGGCGCUUUGAUGUGCUGUGCUUCUACCUCCAUGGUUGACUGUGGCAAUGGUGUUCUGAUAUAUCACCUUUCUCAUGGUUAUGCUCACACCAUGAGGGAGCUCCAGCCCGAGGGCAUUUCAUAUUUUAUCCAUUUCCAGAUAACCACACUUAAAAGUGACCUUUUCAAAGCUUCUUCUGAUGGUCAUGUAGCCCAUUUAGUUUGUGUGCAGGUAUACUUAGAGACUUAGAGACUUAGAGAGACUUAGAGCUUUUUAUUGUCAUUGUGCAGUUUCUUGCACAGCGAAAUUGGGUAGCUGAACCACAAAGGUGCUAAAGUAAGAAGAAGAGAAACCAAUAUACAACGAAGGCGGAAAAUAAAUAAAUAAUUAAAUAAAUAAGAAUAAAUAAUAAAAAACAGUGUAUAUGUAUACAUAUGUGAGUGGAACUAUAUACAUGGUGUAUGUGUAGGAAACAUUGAAACAGACUGGGACCAAAAUAAUUGCACAUGAGCCAAAAAUAUUGCACAGAACAUGGAAAGACUGAGAUAUUGCACAUAGAUGAUCAACAGCAGUGUCAGGGUGGAUGUGUUGGGGAAGUCUUUACACACUCUUAGUUUGCAUUAAGAGUUCUGACAGCCCACGGGAAGAAGCUGUUCUUUAGUCUG